GCUCUGCACGCGACACGACAGAGAGCUGCAGAAUGGACCGACUGGACCGACGGUCCAAGCGCAAAGUUUCGAUAUUUCGUUCAUUCUCAUAUCAUUACAACCGCUUAUUAUCAAAUUGUCUCAGUACUCUGCUACAAACGCGUGAAAGCUUGUUGGCGAGUUGGUGCUAAGUUGAUUUCUUCACCGGGCUUUUCCGGUAAACUUACAUGAUUCUAGCAAAGACCUAAUACCUAGGUAACAUAAUUUGCUGAUAGGGCAAAGCCGGCCCCCAACCACACUCCGGCCUUCGGGUUGCCUGCAACUACUGGAGAGGCCUCUGUCCAUUAGACUUCAAAAGAUGGGCGCUGGAUGCUCAAGCGAUAAGCAGGGGCCUGCUAACGGCGCGCUGAAGCCCUCGGGCAGCACGAACGCCCCGGCAACGGCCGCGGAGGCCAACCAGAAGCGCAUUGAGGAACUGAAGUCCCAAUUCGUCGCAGAAUUUCCGGCGGAUGAUGAUGCCGAGGAGCUGCCCACGUACGCGGACGGCUCGCGCGAAGCGACCUUUCUCAAGGUCUUUGCGCUCUUAGACAAGGCCAGCUGCAGCUACCUGUCCGUUCCCCAGAUGAAGGAGUACGUGCUUGAGUCGGGGCUGUCCAUUGAGGACUUCGCCAAGGAACUAGCGGUCAUUGUGGCGGAACAGCCCGACCGCACCAGUAACCCCAAGGUCACCGCGCGUCAGUUCGUGGCGGCCAUGGUGCGAUUGGUGCACGGCUUUGACGACGCCGCCUUCGCCUACUUCAUUGCGCAGACGCUGCAGACGCACAGGGCUAAGGGCGCUAGCCAAAAGAAGCUGGAGGUCACGACAGAUGAUGUGGUCGAGGGCGUCGAGGGUGCGGUUGCGAGUCCCCGCGAGGCGUAGGGGCACGCAAGGCGCGGGGAGCGGCGAGUGCAUGGCGCGGUGACGGCGGCUAUGGAGGUGUCGGCGUGUCGCAUGUAGCAUUCAGCACUAGUCAUCGCAGAUGUGGAGCUCCCUGCUGGUGACUGCGGCGUGACGCUGUAAUGGCAACUGAGGCGGAGAGACGCAAUAAAUGGACGCGCUACAGCAUCAGACUUCGGAAUUUGCAGCUAGGCGGCGUGGUGCCGCGUGCUGGAUGUGCGGUCUUCGUUGGGCGCUUGGCCAGGUGAGGAUGGUGCUGCAGAAGCCUCACGCGUGUUUUGGACUCGCGUUUCUCUUGACGCGGGGUUUCGCCGCAUGAAGGAGCAUCAAGCACGCAGUAAAAGAUGGGUUACCUAGUACACGUUCUUUAUUGCAUUUGCGAGCUGAGAAGGUUCGACCGCGAGCAUGUGACUCGACAGAGCAUAAUCUGGGCUACAGGCACAGACGGCAAGGUGUGACACUGUGAAUGAGCUUGCAAAUGCUACACGUUCCGGCACUUGUCAUGUGUGUGGUGAACACGGAUGAUUAUAAUAGUGUGUACAUAUGUGUCGUGUUUGAUGCGGCGGUUGGCCACUGUUUCAAGAAGGUGUGACAUGUACGUAAUGUUGGACUAAUAGCAUAAUACACGUGCGUGCAGGGAGCUUGCUAUGUGGCUCCGGGUACAGGACUGGGGAAGAACAACACACAUUCUGCGCUUUGAUGGUGCCCCCGGCAGCACAGCGAUGCAAUGGAGAGGGAUGCUGCCGCCUUCCCAGUUGCGCUCAAAGCGUCACUCCCAGCGUGUUGGGAGUGGCGCACUGCUGUACUUGGUUUGAACCUGGUUUGGA